UUUAGCAAAUCCAGUGCACUAGCUAGGCUGUAGAAUCCGUCACGUUGUCCUUACUAUGUAGGGCAUGUGUGUAGGGAUCAGUGCGCGAUUUAGGAGUGAGCCGUUAAGCGUCCGGUUGUAAACAGUGAGGAAGUGGGCGGUGCGGUUAAAAUAGUUUACUACAGUCCUAAACCAGUACAGUAAAGACCCUACAGACUGGUGGAGGGACUGGAUACGGGAUUAUUCUCCACUUUAUGGUGAAGCGAUGGAGCAGGAAACAUUAAUAGCACUGAACUCUCUCAGUCUGGAGCAGAAGAGGCUCAACAUCGACACGUUCAGGCUCUUCAUGGUCACCUGGAACGUGGCUACAGCGGAGCCUCCUGAAGACAUCACGUCUCUCCUGCAGCUGAAUUCGCUGAACAAAGCAGACCUCUAUGUGAUCGGGUUACAGGAAGUGAGAGCAGCACCUCUGAAGUUCGUCACAGAUCUAGCUUUUGGAGAUUCCUGGAGCUCCCUGUUUAUGAAUACGUUGACUCCUCUGGGUUAUAUUAAAGUGUCCGCUGUGAGGAUGCAGGGUCUGCUGCUGCUCUUCUUCUCUAAGUUAGAGCACGUCCCCUAUAUUAGAGAAAUCCGGACCACAUACACUCGCACCGGGAUCUACGGAUACUGGGGAAAUAAAGGCGGGGUCAGCAUCCGUUUCUCCUUGUAUGGUCAUUCUCUCUGCUUCCUCAACUGUCACCUGUCAGCGCACAUCCAUAACGCCUCUGAGAGAGUGGAGGAGUUUGAGCACAUCCUCAACUCCCAGACCUUUGACGACAAAAACACUCUGUCUGUUUUAGACCACAAGCUCGUCUUCUGGUUCGGAGACUUGAAUUUUCGUAUCGAAGACCACGGGAUGCACUUCAUCCGCAACUGCAUCAACAGCAAGAAUUUCAACCUGCUGUGGACUAAAGACCAGCUGAAUAUGAUGAAAAAGAAGAUUCCCAGACUGCAGCAGUUUGAAGAAGGACCUCUCAAUUUUCAGCCUACCUACAAAUUCGACUUGAACUCCGAUAAAUACGACUCAAGGCUACAGACGGCUUGGUUCGGUCUUACCGCGAAAAAGCGCAAGCCCGCAUGGUGCGAUCGGAUCCUGUGGUGGAUGAACCCCAAACCUCCACCUCAGAAUUCAGAUAAAAAGCAUAACGACGCUGACGCUGAUGAUGAUGAUGAUGAUGAAGAGCAGAAGCGGCUUGAGAAGACGUCGGAUGAAUUUCCUCUCCGAGUCGUACAGGACACUUACACCAGCAACAUGGAGUACAGCGUCAGUGACCAUAAACCCGUCAUCGGCGUCUUCACACUGGAGCUGAUGAAGAUGUACGAGACUCCUCUGGUUCAUGUGAGUGCUGAGGGAGAAUGGAGUGCAGACAUGGACGCUGUGGUGACUUACAGUCCUCUGGAGCAGUUUCCUUCCAGUGCCUGGGACUGGAUUGGCCUUUAUAAGGUUGGCUUCCAGAGUGUUUAUGACUACAUCACCUAUACCUGGGUAAAGGAUGACCAGGUGGCCUUCAGUAAUGAGCUCAUCCAGGUGUAUGUAAGCAAGGAGGAGAUCCCGGUCAGAGGCGGUGAAUGUGUCCUGUGUUACUACAGUAGUAACCUGCAGUGCAUUGUGGGUAUCAGCGAACCUUUUAAAGUUCACGAGUCACAAGCGGCGAUUGAAGAAGGCUUUUUAUUCGAGAACGUUAACAGAUACGACCAGACUCUGUCCAGUUAGGACCACAUGAAGAAGCCGGUUAAAGCUGAUCAGCAUUCGAUGCUCUUUCUGCUUUGGAAGAAAAAAAACCCGAAGAGUUUAUGACGCAAGUGCAAUUUUUAUCCGAUCUCGGUUUUUGUUUAUUUUACCCUGUGUUGCCUUUUUUUUCCCAGCGAUAUUGGUCAGGCCUUUAAUUUAAUUAUUUUAACUAUAAGCCUAUAAAAUGUCAAUAAAGCAUGCUCUGAACGAAAACUUUAAUUUAGAAACUUUUUAAUCUUGGACUUAAAUGUCUUUAAGGUCAUUGUAAUAUUUUUAAGGUGUUUUAUGUCCUUUUUAUUCCCCCAGCUCAAUUCUGUUCAUGUACUGUAAUCUCUGUUGCCAGUGUUAUUUUAUAGCUCAUCAUGUUUAUUUACAUCUUUUACAAAAGAAGAAUGUAAUGUAGAAAACUUUGCACUGAUUCCUUGUGUGUGUGUGUGUGUGUGUGUAGUUUGUACAACACUUUAUGCUAUGUUACAUUGAUGAGAAUUUAAUUAUUUUACUCGUAUUCCUGUUUUUUAUUUAUGUUAGUAUGAUUUGUCCAUUAUUUUAAAGAUGUGUUGUCUAUACAUUAUAUAAAUAUAUAAGUUUAUUUGAAUAUAUGACUACACUGAUUUUUUUUUAACUGUGUAAUUUACACCCAUUAGGCAUAACAUUAUGACCGCUGAGAGGUGACGUGAAUAACUCUGGUGAUCUCCUCAUCAUGGCACCUGUUAGUGGGUGGGAUAUAUUAGAUAUAUUAGUUAGAAGCAGGAAAAAUGGACAAGUGUGAGGAUUUGAGCGAGUUUGAAGAUUGUGAUGGCUAGACCACUGGAUCAGAGCAUGUCCAAAACUGCAGCUCUUGUGCGGUGUUCCUGGUCUGCAGUGGUCAGUAUCUAUCAAAAGUGGUCCAAGGAAGGAACAGUGGUGAACCGGUGACAGGGUCAUGGACAGCCAAGGGUCAUUGAUGCACGUGGGUCCGUGUGAUCCGAUCCAAAAAAUGAGCUACUGUUGCUCAGAUUGCUGAAGAAGUUAAUGCUGGUUCUGAUAGAAAGGUGUCAGAAUACACAGUGCAGGACGGGUCAGCAAAACAGGGACCAACACCAAUAUUAGGCAGGUGGUCAUAAUGUUAUGCCUGAUCUGUGUUUAAUGUAAAAAAAAAAAAAUACAUAAAUGAUAACAUUUCUUUAUCUGUCUAGACUAAACUGUUUUCUAAAUAUAUCUGAAAAACGUGAUGCUUAUUAAUUAUUUUUGGCACAAUUUUAU